UCCUCAGUUGUUACCACACCUGUUAAACAAGUUUCUCUUUAAUGGCAUUCUGCAACUGUACCCACCCUUAAAAUCUCAAGUAUCCUCAUAGCUAGCACAUUUACCUGAGAACCACUAUCAACACAUAGGGAGUUCAGAAGUUUCCUCUGUAUCAACACCAGCAAUCGCUGCAUCAGCACACUAUGUAUAGACCAGUCAUAAAUUCCCACAAAUCUUUCCCACGGUGGGUAAUCAUCCUUGGUGUGCUUGGCGUGCUGGCAGUCCUUGGGAUAACAAUUGGACUCUUAGUUCACUUUCUGGCAGUAGAAAACAAGAUCUACUACUAUCGAGGUAGCUUUAAAGUGCUGAAUAUUCCAUAUGACAGAAAUUAUGAGAGGGAGACAUCACCAGAAAGUAACUACCUCAGUAAAAUCCUCGAGACUAAAAUGGUUGACGCCUUUCAAAAUUCUAACAUUUACAGACAAUAUAUCAACUCUCAGAUAAUCACAUUGAUUCCUGACAGCAACAGCGUGACAGCCAAUAUAUGGCUGGUGUUCAAGGAUCCCAGGUCAAACAAGGAAAACACAAGAAGGAGAAUCGAAAGCAUAUUACGUCAGAUGCUGGAGAACCAAUCAGGAUCCUUGACUACAGAUCCAGGGUCUCUGAAGCUCAUGGAAAUCAAUAAGGUUGAUGCUGAAAAGAUUAUCAACAACCGCUGCGGAAGACGACCAAGAAUGUCAGCAACCUACGACAGGAUCAAGGGAGGCUCCACUGCUCAGAAAGGAGAAUGGCCAUGGCAAGCAAGUCUCAGAGUGAAUGGCAGACACUACUGUGGGGCAUCACUGAUUGGUGCAAGGUUCCUGCUGACAGCAGCUCAUUGCCUUCAAAAGACAAAAAAUCCAGAAAACUUAACCGUUAGCUUUGGCACUAAAGUGACUCCACCCUACAUGCAGCAUCACGUUCAAGAAGUUAUUAUCCAUGAAAACUAUGUUAAGGGGGAGCAUCAUGAUGAUAUUGCGGUUGUCGUGCUCACUGAGAACGUCGUAUUCAAGAACGAUGUACAUCGGGUUUGCCUUCCGGAAGCCACGCAGAUUUUCCCACCGGGGGAAGGGGUCGUUGUUACAGGCUGGGGAGCACUUUCGCACAACGGUGAAUCCCCAUUGCUACUUCAGAAAGCAUCUGUUAAAAUUAUUGACACCAACACUUGCAAUGCCGAAGAAGCUUACAAUGGCAGGAUAGAGGACACAAUGCUCUGUGCUGGUUACAUGGAAGGCAAUAUCGAUGCUUGCCAGGGUGACUCUGGAGGACCACUAGUUCACCCCAAUUCUCGAGAUAUUUGGUACCUUGUUGGGAUAGUGAGCUGGGGACAUGAAUGUGGCAGAAUCAACAAGCCAGGGGUCUAUACGAGAGUGACUGCCUACCGUGACUGGAUUGCCUCCAAGACUGGUAUCUAGUAGGAAAUCAGCUACUAGUACUGAAUGCAGAGCGUUGUUGCCUGAUACUUGUGACUAUUAUUUAACGUUCGUUUCUUUAUUUUUUCCAUUUUGUGUCUUUGCAUGUGUGUUAAUGUGUAUCUGUGCUCAUGUAUUCAUGUACACACUCAUGUAUGUGUACUCAAUUUGAUAUUAAGAACCACCCUAAUAAUUUCACCAUAUUCAGUGAGACAGGCUCUUGGUCAAACCAAGAGCUCUUAAAUACACUCUGUCUUACUAGUGAGGUUGCUUGUGGGAUCCCUGCCUUGGUAUUCCGGGGAUGGAAGAACAGAAGGUGUCUAUGCUUACCAGGUAUUUAUAUGCAUCCUGGGGAUGCCAAUUCCUGCCCUUAAGCUUCCAUGGCAAGUGCUUAAUCCCUGAGCAAACCCUCAGCUCUCUUUCAAACAUUAUUAUUUUAUGUGUAUGGAUGUUUUCCCCUGCACUGAAUGCAUGCCUAGAGGUCAGAAGUGGGUGCUGUAUCCUCUGGGACUGGAGUUACAGAUUUUUGUGCGUCAUCCUGCGGGUGCUUGGAAUUGAACCCUGGUCAUCUAGAGCAGCAGCCAGGGCUCUUAACCAUGGAGCCACCGUCAUCUAAUGUUUCCCAUGCUCUUUAAAUGUGUAUAAUGGCUAUUUUGAAAGAGUUGUAGCCCUAAGGGAAUAUUUAUAAACUUUUAGGAAAACUCAACAAAACAAAAUAAGAAAUCUUGAGUUUGUUGGUCUAGGAAGCUGUUAGUCAAAAAGUACUCCCACCUAAAUACUGUUAAAAUGCUCUCUGUUUCCUGGCUUGUCAGCCUACAUUACUGCUAUUUCACCACGACAUUGGAUUAUCAUGUGGACUUGUAGAACUAUGGGAGCAUGUCUUUGACUGGUGAUUUAUCAGACUGCAUAAUGAGAGACCGGUGUCUCCCAAAGAUCGGGUUGGAAAAUGCUGGAUCUACUUUCAUGUCAGAGCUUUGUGGAAGGCUGUGGUUAUGACCUUAACUAGUCUGAAAAGAAGGUAUUGAAUUACAGCCUCUUUUUACUGAGGCAUUCACCACAAUCAUUGUUAAGUUUUUCACCACCAGAGAGAAAAAGUACAUUUUAAGUACAGAAAUUCUUCAGCAUAGAUACAAAUUUCUGGAGAAAUUCUCUAUGUGUAAUAUAUUUUUAAACCAUCCAAAAUCAAUAAAAAUGUAUGCUAUAUCCUAAUUAAAACAACUGAAAAUGAA